AGUGGCAACCAAACAAGCCCCGGCUCCCGACGCUUCUCCCACCUCCCCUUCCCGGCUUCCCCUCUCUGGCUGGCCUCUUCGCCUGAACCCAACCAACACGGCCGGGCCCGCCGGCCGCCGCAGGAGUGCAGAAGCUUCCCCAAUCCUCCUCCCCCUCUCGCGCCUUCUCCUCCUCCACCCCACCUUUCUGCUCUCCAGCCGCUUCGCUUCGCUUCCCUUCCCUUCCUUUCCUUGGCGCGCGGCGCUAUAUAACCGGCGGCUCCGCGCGCUCCGGCGGAGACCGACCCGACCUUGACUUCAUGGGGCUCGAGAUGGAGGAUGUUCCUGCGGCCGCGGCCGCGGCCGCUCCUGCGGCGGCGAGGGAGCAGGGGGUGGAGAUAUACCCGCUCAGCCGCUACUACUUCGGCGCCAGGGACGCCGCCGCCGCGCCCCGCGCCGCGGAGACGGCCGCCGACCGCGCGCUCCGCCUCAAGGCCAACUUCGCCGCCCACGGGCUCCGCACCAGCGUCCAUGGCGUCCUCCUGGUGGAGCUGUUCGAUCACCCGCACGUGCUGCUGCUGCAGGUCCGGAACUCCUCCUUCGUGCUCCCGGGAGGCCGCCUCAGGCCCGGCGAGGAAGAUGUCCAGGGGCUCAAGCGCAAGCUCUCCAGCAAGCUGUCCGUCGUCGUCGACGGCCAUGCCGAUGCCGAGGAGGAUGAGGAUGACUGGCAGGUUGGGGAGUGCAUGGGGAUAUGGUGGAGAUCUGAAUUUGAGGCCAUCCCAUUUCCAUACAUGCCCCCUAACUUCCGCACCCCAAAGGAAUGCAUCAAGCUGUUCCUGAUCAGGCUGCCGAUGUCCCGGCAGUUCGUCGUGCCGAGGAACAUGAAGCUGCUGGCGGUGCCGCUGUCCCAGAUUCACAACAACGCUCAGGUUUAUGGUCCGGUCAUAUCAGGGAUCCCGAACCUGCUUUCCAAGUUCUCCUUGACCGUUAUCAGCGAUUGAGAUUGCGUGUGCAGACCGGAGUUCUGAACUUCACCCUUCAGGAGCGGUUCACCUGUUAGGCUUAGCCAUAGAACAAUGAACAAUAUGCUAUUAUGCAGAAUACGUAGGAGUUUGUUCACUAGCAGCUCAUUCUCGGUGUUGUGUAACGUUUUUCUUUGUUGAUACGGGGCUAAUGUAUUGAUCUGUAUUGCAUAACUUUGCUUUUUUUGCCAUGUCAAAAAGAACCAUCUAUGUACAAUAACUUUCUUGAUUUAUUACUAUUGAUCGUACAAUACUAGCUAA